UCUGUAUCAAGGCUCCAUGUUUGGGGCUGACAAAAGUUUGUGACUUUGGGCUAAGGACACGCUCUGCGUCACUGAUUAUAAAGCCACGCCUGUUUCCGGUGAAAAGUGACUUCACCAUUGUGGAGGAAGGGAGAAAUCAGCAGAGCGACUCUUCACAUUUUGUAGGAAACGGCUCAUUGACUUUGGUCGGACUUGCAGAUUCCGUCAUGGGCCUCACUUCCUUCCUUCUGCUGAGCAGUGUUGCCUUGGCCAUUACUGCUCAAGCUCAAAACUGUCCCGUACCUGAGCCAGGACCCAACAUGAAUUUGAAGGGCAAUGACAUUCUACAAAAUACAUUCCCAGAUGGGACUACAGUUUCUUUUGCCUGUGAUGUGGGCUACCAGGCUGCAGGAGGGUCCCCACUCAUUACCUGCAAUGCUGGCAGCUGGAGUCCUGUGAGACUGAAAUGCCAAAGGAAGAACUGUGGCUCUGCUGGAGAAGUUUCACAUGGACAAAUUGAUUACCCUCAAGACACUUUGUUUGGUGAUACAGCUGUGAUCAUUUGUGACCAAGGUUACCAGUUGGUUGGCCAGAAUCGACUCACUUGUGGAAAAGAUGGCUGGGAAGGCAGGUUGCCUAGAUGUGAAGCGGUUACCUGUAGACCACCACCUAUGAUUGAGCAUGGCAAUUACAAUCCAAAGAAAGAAGAGUACUAUGAAUAUAGAGAUGUUGUAAUGUACAGUUGUCAAAACGAUUAUACACUCAAUGGAUCAAAAUCAUUGAGUUGUUCAGAGAAUGGAAAUUUCAUGCCUGAUCCACCACAAUGUGUUGUGGUUGAAUGUGAAAAUCCCAAAAUUGAAAAUGCUGUCAGGAUUGAGGGCCCUCCGCCCCCUUACAGAUACCAAUAUACAGUGACAUAUGGAUGCAAAUCUGGAUACAUCAUGAUAGGAAAGGGCACCCUGGUCUGUGGCAUAGAUGGUAGAUGGACACCUGAGCUUCCACAAUGUCAAUCUGUUGAAUGUGAAGAUCCUAAAAUUGAAAAUGCUGACAGGAUUGAGGGCCUUCCGCCCCCUUACAGACCCCAAGCUAGAGUGAGAUACCAGUGCAAAUCUGGAUACACCAUGAUAGGACAGGGCACCCUGGUCUGUGGUAUAAAUGGUAGAUGGACACCUGAGCUUCCACAAUGUCAAUUAAAAUCCACCACUCCUGCUACCACCACUACUACUACUACUACUACUACUACUACUACUACUACUUCAGGAAAGAAACAGACAGCUCCAGUUACUCCUGACCCAAAUGGCAGCUCUCACAGCAAAACUGGCAUCGAUUGUAGCGGUGUUGCUUUGUGUGGUAGGAGUAAUACUUACAGCCAUUUGCUGUGUUUGCUAUCACUAUGGACUUUGGCCAUUCAGCGGGAAAAAACAAGGCUCUCAGAGAAAUGCUGAAAAAGAGACUCCAAAAGACGACGAGGCAUUACAACUCGCGUAAGCAUCAUGUUGGUCCAAUAUAGCUGGUUGUAAGAGGGACUUGAGAAGAGGAAUGUCACUGGACAAGUCUUCGAAUGUACUUGGGCCCUCCAUCUGCACAUGGAUGAGACUGAUUUAUAAAUCAGAAUAUAGAAAUUAGUUUCUGAAUGCUCAUCUGAGAUUCAGAAAACUCAGCAAAUUGAUCUCAAUCUUUAGCUUAUGCUUCAAGUGGCUUACCUGAUUAGAUGACAAUAUACAUUUGAUAGGGCAAUCUAACAUCAAACUACUUCUUCCUAUUGUCCAUAUUGAAGUCAGUGGUGUUUAAGAUAUCUUCCUUUACAACAUCACGUUUUUCUAUUCUUUAAUUAUGAAGGAGUGGUAUUUCAUGCUUAUCAGAAGACCAUUGUUCAGAGCACAGCUCACCCAGGCCAUUAUAGCUUCAGCUACACCAACGGCUAAGCAAAAUAAUGAACAGAGUGUUUGCAUGAUUAACCUCAAUUGCAACAGUUGGGAUUAAAUUGUUUUUGUUUGAACCAAAAGUUUUACUUUGAUUGUUAAAAAUCACACUGGAUACACCCGUAACUAUUUACUCAUAUCAAAUAUUACACAAUUUCUGUAACUGGAAUGUAAAUGGUUAAUUCCCCCGAAAAGUCAUGUAUGCAUAGAAGAGAGGCUCCUAGCCGAUAAACCAGUCCCCCAGUCUUGUAAAUUUGAGAGAGAACAGUGGGAUCUGUAAAACAGUCCAGCACAGUGUCUAAGAUAUAACAUGUUUCCUUUGCCUUAAUGCAAAUAGUCAAGUGUUUUAGUUUGUGUGUCAGUUGCCUGUGCAUUGCAGAAAUGUUAAUUUACUUGUUGGGGUCAGUUUCUGACAGCCCAACUUGUUUUAAGGUGUAUACUAAAUAAAUCAGAUAUGUUUCAAGUUGGCACAGUGGAUCCUUGUGCCCUGUAGCUUCACCAAAUUAUCUCUGGCAAAGAAAUCUACAUUUUUCUCCUCCACAUUAUUUGUUUUGUAGAUUGUUCUCUUCUAGGGUCAGUUUAGUAUUUGUUGACCCCACAUUACUGUGGAAAGAGGAAUACUUUAAGAGUAUUUGACAAAGGUAUUGUCUGUGGUUACAAAAAAGAUGUGUAGACUCUGAUCUUUUUUGAAAAUUUUGCACUUGCGUGGCUUUUUAUUUAUUGAGAGAAAAUUACAUCAACAAAUUUUGUAUUGUUUUGAAGCAGGCAAAAAACUGCUUUUAUAUUUGCACUACCUUUUGUAAGUGAUUAAUGAAAUAAAACAAUAAGAAUAAAGACUGA